GAUCGUGGACCCUGUCAUGUUCGGGUUCCCUCGCUUUGACAUCCCAGACAUCCUGCCUCCUGGAGCCAUUCCUCCAGAGGGCCAUUUCGACCUGAUUGGACCCUUGAGACGACAUGGACUGGGAUGCGGAGCUGGUAUCGGCUGUUGGGAGAAAAAUGGCUGGUUUAGAGGCGCUGUACACCUGUGUCGCAGAUAAAAUCGAGUGUCCGCAGGACGCCGUCGUGUGCUUCGUUCACUGGGAAAUGAUAAAGAAUGGCUACCGGUGCAUCGGAUCUGGAGACGAGCCUAGCAGCCGUGAUAAAAAGUCAGAGCUGCUUCCUGCUGACUGGAGCAGCAACAAGGAGCUGUACAGCCUGCGCUACAGAACCAGCGACACAGACACCGUGAUGGUGCUGAAGGCCAUCGCUGUGGACUCCACGCUCAUCUUCAACUUAAUGAACUCCGGCACUAACCAGGUUUCAGACCUGAUGGUGAACAUCAGCGACCACGUCAACGCUGAUCAGCUGCACACCUUUGACAGCGUAUUCAGAGACGCAGACGAUUUGUCUGAGAAGGUGAAGUCUCAGCUGCUGCCCCGCCCAGAGAAAGCGCCGGAGCGCAGCAGACGGGAGGAGGGCGAGUCGUCUCAGAGGAGGCGGGAGGAAGACGGCGACCCCCUGCGGCUGCCCUGCAGACACCCCCGCCACGGGCCACAGCCUCACUGGCCCGGCCCGCUGAAUCCUCCGUUCGUAGCCGGAGGAGCAGAUCUGGAUCCAUUUGGGUCAGUAGGUGGGGGGGGGAUGAUUGUGGACCCUCUGAGGUCCGGGUUCCCUCGCUCCGGCUUCGACCCGUCCAGCGGGAUCCCAGACAUCCUGCCUCCUGGAGCCGUUCCUCCGGGGGCCCGCUUCGACCCGUUUGGACCCGUGGGACGCCACAGACCGGGGCCUGACCCCGACCACAUGCCGCCGCCCGGAUACGAUGACAUGUUCAUGUAGCGCUUGGCGCCGGUUCCUGCUUCCAUUACUCCUGCUCACACCGCAGAACUGGGUCCGGUCCAGAACCAAGCCAGAUCCGGUCCGGAACCACCACAGAUCGUCCAGUGACAGGCGGGAUUCUCUGAAAAUGAAAAAUAAAAUAUUCACUCAGACUCCUUUAGGGUUUAGAAAUGCUUAUGAAUUUUUUUAAUCUGCGCAGAUUCAUAUCGAUCCUGACCCUUGACCCUGAUCUGACCCUGACCCUUGACCUUUCUGCUUGUUAUGAUAAACGUACAUAUCUAUAAUUUCUUUCUUCUGAGCUUCUUGCUGAGAAAUGAGUGAAUUAAAGCGACGUCUCAGAGAGUAAACUCCCGGUUUGGAUUAUUUUGACUUACAGAAAAGUUUGGGAAUAAUUUCCAUUUCUUUAGAAAAGCAGAUCUUUGCUGCUUGUUUUUUUUGGUUGUUGAUUUUGAAACAUGGCUGAUUAAUAAUUUCUGCCAACAUUCUAAUAAAAACCGCAAAGUUGUUACUGUUUUAGUUCUGCUGCUUUGUAUCAAACUCCAACAUUUUCAUGGGAAACAUUUUAAUUCAGUGGAGAAAAUAAACCUGGCCGGUUCCCUCGGCAGCCCGCAGCGUCAUGGAUCCUCCACCAUACUUGACAGUGGAGCUAGAAGUUUUUAAAAAUCAGCAUUAAUUAAUUUUUUACCUAAAACAAGCUGCUGUAUGAAACGUUUCCUGUAAGUUAAUUAGAUAUUUGCUCUAUAAACUAGUCAAAAAUGUUUAGUAGAUUUUGUUUUUGCAGUGAGACUUUCAGACUGAAAUCAACCUGCAGACUACCAACAUGGCUGCCGUUUACCUUCAGAGCUGCAGGAAAACUUCGACAUCGUCGUUUAACAUAAAAACUGUUUAUUUAAACGUCACUGCGCCAGUUUCACAUUUAAGAUAAUCCUCUGCGGUUUCUACCUCCCUGACGAUUCAGUCAGCGCCACAGAAACAGUGACAUCAUCAUGACAUCAUCAUCUGAAAACUGAUGAGGAGCAGAGUCAAAGAAACUUCAAACAUUUUAAAUUUAUUAAGUAUAUUUUUUUAAAAAGUUGAGAUGUUUAAUCUAUUUUUUCAUUACAUUCAGAUGCUUCUCUAAUUUUUGUGUCAUGGUUUAAAAGUUGCUGCCGUUUUCAUAUUUUUGUGUAAUCUGAUUAUUUUGGUUUGGACCGCAGCAUUGUCUGGUUUAACUUCCUCUUCCUGUUUGGUUCCUCAACUUCCUGAAUAUCUGAAUAUCUGGACUGACCUGGAUUUUGAUGUAGGACGUCUGGGCGGUUGCCCAGGGUGGCAUCAGAACUUGGGAAGACGGCUGUGCCCUAAACCUGGUAAAGACAUAAAGUUGGGGCGCUGUGGUGGCGCAGGGGCAAAGCCCGACCCACUUAUGGAGGCCCUUCGUCCUCGUGGUGGUGGUCGCAGGUUUGAUUCCCGGCCUGGCAACAUUAGCCACAUGUCUCUCAUUACCCUCUUUCCUGUUGAACUACUUUCAAAUAAAGGCCACUAGAGUCACAAAACCUUAAAAAAGAGAUCAGGUUAUUUGAGUGCUAAACGAGUUUUAUACUUCAAACCUUCGACUGUAUCAACGCUUUCAUUCAUUCAAGGAUUUUCUGUGGAAGGAAAAUCCAAAUUAAUCACAUAAAAUCUGGACCAUUGUAGAUUUUUCCAUAGAGCACAUCUAAAAUAUAGAAAAUAUAGUUGCUGCCCCCUGCUGGGUGGCUUUGGGGGGCAGAAGCUGCCCGGGGCUCCGCUGACAGCGGGACCGCCCCUGAAGCAGUGCUUUGCCUUGUUUCUUGGUUCUGAUUAAAACUAAAGUUUCUUCUGUUGUUUUUAUGAUUUCUCUUCUGAGCUGUUUUCCAUUUUGAUCGACACUGAAAAUGAACUGAAGUUCAGAGAGGAACCGUCUGGAUAAUGAAACAGAAAAACAGAAACUUUAUUUUCACUUGAACAGAAUCAGACGUAGAAAUCAUGUUACAGACAGGAUAAAGUAUUUACAGGAAGGAAGCUUCACUCAGUAACAUGCAUCCUCACAGCAGAGUGAACCCUCUGGUAACACUUAAAAAAUAAAUUCAACUCAAACUUUCUGUGCUUUCCGUACAGCAAACAAAUCAGACGUCUGGUUGUGACC